UUUGACUGCGAGACCUCGUCAGUGGUGGACGUCUAUAGCCUAGACUCGCUCCUAGAGCAAAACAACAUGGUCUCUGCCAGGCUGUGGUAGCGCUAGCAGAGUGUGGGCCAGUUUGAAAUCCUGUUGAAACCUCCGUGGAUCUAAUAAGCUGACAACAGCAAUAUGGGCAUUAAAGACCUAUUGCCAGCCCUUGUCAACUCGACACAACCCAUCACUAUAGAGGAGAUGGUUGGAACUGUGGUGGCCAUUGAUGCGUCCUCUUGGCUUCACAGGGGGAUAUAUUCCUGUGCCAAAGAGCUAUUUCUGGGACAGAAGACAGACAGCUACAUCAAGUUCUUUAUGGACAGAAUCGAGCUUCUGCUCCGAAACAGGAUUACACCCCUGGUCGUGUUUGACGGACCAAGCCCUUUGCCAGCAAAAGCCCAGGUGGCAGCGGAAAGGAGAGAGAAAAGGACUAUUGCCAAGCAGCUGGCUUGGAUCUCCCUCCGCCAGGGAGAUGAGAACAGGGCUAGGCAACAUUGCUGCAGUGCUGCAGAAAUAACACCGGAUAUGGUCAACAAUAUCAUCAAGUCUAGUAUUGUUUUGCAGGCGUUGAAAGACAAAGGGGUUGACUUCGUGGUGGCACCAUACGAAGCUGACCCACAACUGGCCCUCAUGAGCUUGAGCAGAACGGCCGACUACAUCAUCACCGAAGAUACUAACCUGCUAGUCUAUGGGGCAAAACAGGUUAUCUACAAUUGGGAAGGAGACCGAGGUCAACUCAUUUGCCAACAUCUCCUCUACAGAUCAUUCCCUGACCUCCCAGACUUCACCUUCCAGAAAUUUCAAUACAUAUGUAUUUUGGCAGGCUGUGACUACCUAAAAUCCCUUCCAAACAUGGGGAUAGAGGGGGCAAAGAACUUUGUUAAGGCACUUGGAGACAGGGAUAUUUUCAUGCAAGUCAAGAACAUCGGCUUGUUUGUAGGAGGACACAUCACCGUUCCACCUGAGUAUCCUGACAACUUCAAAAUGGCUCUGAACACGUUCACCUACCAGACUGUCUACAAUCCUGACAAGGGGUACACUCCACUGCAUGAAUACCCGCCUGGCUUGUCUGCUGCGGACUUCACGUAUGCUGGAUUACCAUUACCUGACGCACCAGUUGCAGACUUAAGCCGAACUUGGGUCAGUGAGGAUGUGCUGAACAAAACAGACCAGACUGACUUCACAUUCAAGGGGACCUCAAGCAGUGAUGAUGAGUCUACAGAGUCCACUCACUCCACACCAUACAACUUGAGAAGUCAGCAACAGAAGCCCAUUUCCACAGUACUCAGUAUUGGCGAGGACCUCAAAUGGACACCCCCGAGCUUUCCUGUCAUGACCAUUGAUUUCAUAACUGGCACACUGUCUUCUGAACAUAGCCAAACACACACACAAUGUUUGUUCGAAGCCUCUGAUCGCAGGGUGCUGUUAUACACCCCUCCCUUUGACAUUAUAAUACAGCGUUCAUGUACCAUAACUGCGCAAAACACCUCAUACCUUGUGGUAUGGGAAUGGGGCUUUCACGAACCACCUAUCAACUUUGAAGCACACCGUAAUGACACAGAGAGUGAGGAUGAAAGUGAUAUGUUUGAAUUAGACUCAGACAGUGAAGACGAUGAUAGAGAUCACGUGUUGCCAUUUGAAGUAAUGGGGGUCGCACAUUCUAGAAGAAGGCAGGAAGUAUUAGAGUGGGCACACGAUGAAAUGGUGGAAAGGAAUAGUACCCCCCAAGUAGAGCUUAUUCCUGAGCGCAUUAACCCACUUGAUGAGAUUGCAAUUGCUGUUUGUAUCAACACAGCGAGAGGGCCAGAGACGGUCGGGUAUAUUGCCAAAGAAAUGACGCAGUAUGUACAUCCCAUUAUCAACACUAACAGACUGACCUGUGCAAGGAUAGGUAGAAUUGCUUUUAGGACAACUUACGAAAAUUAUGGAUGGUUCAUGAAGUUACUUAUCACAAGGAAGGGCACAUGGGAUAGGGCAGUUAUUCGACAGUCACGCCAUAUAAUGUAGAUAAGGAGGGGGGAGUUCCUCUUCUAUGUUAUGAAAUCUAGCAAUAAUUGUUCUGGCUUAGCCUCCUUUGCAGACUUGUUGGGGUCUGCGUUACUUUUUUCUGUGAGCGACGAGAGUAAUAUGCCA